AUGACAUUUAAUUUCAGUCAAUUAACAUCAUUUUCUGUUAUAGCCAUAUCGUUUAAUCGACCGAAAUUGUGUUCACUUGCAGUGUGGAACUCAUUUGGAAGUACUUUUGCAGGCCAGAAUCUCGCAGGUGUUGCACCUCUUGCUGUUUUUGUUAAUGCUAACAAUACUGUUUACUUGGCUAAUAUACAAUACAGUACUAUUGAAGUGUGGUAUCAAGGAUCUGGUUCUCCAAUAAAUAUAUUUGUUGGUGCUACCCUACCGUACAGUAUUUUUGUUACUAUGGCUGAUGAUAUAUAUACUGGUACUGGUGACAUCAGUGUCGAUAAAUGGGUAUUGAAUAAUACAAAUAAUCCAUUCACUUUAAAUGUCAGUGAACCGUGUUUCUAUGUUUUUAUUGACACUAAUAAUUCCUUACAUUGUUCGUUGUCCGCGUCUCAUCAAGUCAUCAAGCGAUCACUGAAUAGCAGUGAUAACAAUGUACUGGUUGUUGCAGGUACAGGUUGUCCGGGAUUUAUGCUUGACAUGCUCGAUUACCCUCUAGGAAUAUUUAUUGAUGAUAAUUUCAAUGUAUACGUAGCAGAUUCUAAUAAUAACAGAAUUCAGUUAUUUCAACCAGGAGAAUUAAACGGCACAAUAAUGGCAGGAAAUGGGGCACCUGAAACAGUUAUACUUAAUUAUCCUACAGAUGUUGUACUUGAUGCUGAUGGUUAUUUAUUCAUAGUAGACAGUGGCAACAAUCGCAUAGUUGGAUCUGGACCCAAUGGUUUUCGAUGCAUAGUUGGCUGUUCAGGCGCAUCGGGUUCUGGGCCAACUCAAUUAAAUGGGCCUCAGAGUAUAGCUUUUGAUAGUAAUGGAAAUAUUUAUGUUACUGAUACUCAGAAUAAUCGUGUUCAAAAUUUUGUUUUGAUUAAUAAUCCAUGCAAUCUGACGACGACGACAACAGCAACGACCACUACGAUGAGCAACAUGACAACUACUCUUCAAUUCAAUUCUUCUCAAGCGACCACCACUUCAAUGGGAAAUAUUACAUUGAUAUCCAAUCGACUAAACGUUUCUUAUAAUCAACCAAAACUUUGUCCACUUGCUACAUGGGAUUCUGCUGGAAUAACCAUCGUGACUGCAACCACAAUUGGUUCAGACCCGCUUACUCUUUUUGUUACUACCAAUAAUACAAUUUAUGUUGCUGAUUUUUUCUCAGAUCAUAUUUAUGUGUUUCUUGCUUCAAGUGGCAAUCUAUUGAGAACAAUUUCGGGUGGUCCCAUUUAUCCAUACAGUACUUUCGUCACAAGUUCUGGUGAUAUUUAUGCGGACAGUGGCAAUUCUUCUCGUCAAGUUCUUAGAUUUUCGUUAAAUACGAAUACCACUAUCCCUAUAAUGUAUAUUACUGACAAUUGUUUGGAUGUUUUUGUUGAUAUCAAUAAUACAAUAUACUGUUCUGUGGGAACAUAUAAUGUUAUUGUUGCAAACUCAAUAGUUGAUCCAACACGCGAAUUUAAACUUAUUGCUGGCGUUGGUUGUCCGGGAUCUCUACCUCACAUGCUCUAUUACCCUAGAGGAAUAUUUGUUGACACCAAUUUUGACUUGUACGUAGCAGAUGCUAAUAACAACAGGAUUCAGUUAUUUCAGCCAGGAAAAAUAAACGGAACAACUGUUGCAGGAAAUGGAUCCUCUGUGGCAUUUGCACUUUAUUUUCCUGGAGACGUUGUACUUGAUGCUGAUGGCUAUUUAUUCAUAGUAGAUAGUGGAAAUAGCCGUAUUGUUAGAUCCGGACCAUAUGGCUUUCAGUGUAUUAUUGGUUGUUUAGCGGGAUGGGGUUCUGGAUCAAAUCAAUUGAAUAAUCCUUAUCGCAUGGCUUUUGAUAGCUACGGAAAUAUUUUUGUUACUGAUCCCGUGAAUAAUCGUCUUCAAAAGUUUUAUUUGAAUACCAGUUCUUGUGAUAUAGCAACAACCGAAGUGACACAACCUACAACACAAUAUACACAAGAAGAUUCGACAUUAAUAGUGACAAGUACUAGAUCAAGUACAUCAAGUAAUCUUCCACAAAAAUGUUAUCAACCUAUCAUAACAUUAACUCCUGCGAAUUCAUCUCUAUCAUCACCAUUACGAUAUAAACGAAGUGAAGCUUUCUCUAUUAUUUCAUAUAUUCAAUUAAAUUGCAGUAACUCGCUCAUCAAAAAUGUUCAAUGGAGAAUUAGUCUUUGUGCAUCAUCAGUUUGUUCAUCUCAAAUUCUAUUAGGAUCAACGAUAAUUACAACACUCAGUGAACUUUAUAUUCCAGAACAAACACUUGAUUAUGGGACUUAUCAGUUUACAUUAACUGUUAGAAUGGUUGCUGCAUCUCAAUUAUCUUCAUCGAUGUCUGCUUAUGUACAAAUAAUUCCAUCGAAUAUUGUUGUAAAUCUUAUUCGUUUCGGAACAACAAUGAUUAAACAAGGAUAUCAACAAGAUCUUAUUCUUGAUCCAGGAAGUUAUUCAAUUGAUCCUGAUAGAAUUACAUUUAAUGCCAGUAAUUGGAACUAUGAAUAUUAUUGUCGAAUUUAUCCCAACUACAACUUUCCAAGUCUUUUAGGAAUCGAUUUAUCUCUUGAUGAUCCAAGAAUUCAACAAUUUAAUUCAUCUUGUUUAUCAAAUCAAUCAGGAUUAACAUAUGUUGGUGUGACUAAUUCACCAAAAUCUUCAUUGAUUAUUCUUGGAAACUCAUUAAUACCAAAUCAAACUUAUCAAUUUAAAGUUAAAGUGCAAAACCUUCAAAAUUCGUCUGUUCAAGAUUUUGAUUAUCUUUUCGUAGAAGUACAAGGAAAUCAGUAUCAAUUGAUUGUGAUGGGAUGUGUUAUUUCAACAUUAUGUGCUGAAAAUGUCGAAUAUCAAUAUGUGAAUCCAACAACACAAGUUGCUCUUUUUUCUACUUGUGCUGAUAUUUGUCAAUUUAUAAAUAAUAUAACGUGGAAUAUUUAUCAAGGUGUAAUGAAUACAACAUCGAAUGUGGUUCAAUGGACAGCAUUUCAGAACAUGAAACAAUAUGAAAAUAUUUGGUUCUUCGGUUCAAACACAGCUAAUUUCACUGCCAAAAAUAAUCUAUUCGUUUCGAACGCGCUGAUUAAUUAUUGGCGUUUUGAAGUUGUUUAUUCAUCUUCAUUACAAAAUGGUUCAAGUACAAUUGAUUUCGAAAUAAAUCAAUCCCCGCAAAAUGGUUCCUGUUCAAUUAGUCCUCAAAAUGGUACAACAACUACUCUAUUCAAUAUUUCAUGUUCGAAUUGGCAGGAUUCAGAUGGAGUUCAAGGUUAUUCAUUUCAAAGUUGGACAAUAGAUUAUACACAACAAAUGAUUAUUGCUUAUUCAUCCGUCUCCACUGUACAAGUUCGAUUGCCAGCAGGAGCCGAUAAUACUUCUUUGCUUCAUAUCGUUGUUCGCAUUCGUGAUACACUGAAUUGUAUUACAGAAUACAAUCUUUCAUCUGUCAUAGUUCUAGCAGACUCUGAACUCAUCAAUAGCUUGAUAAAUAAUCUACAAACAUCUACAACUAACCUAUCAAACCAUCCGCUCGUACAAGUACUUAAUAGUGGUAAUCAAAAUGCAAUUAGUCAGGUUAUAAAUUCUCUUUCACAAAAAUUUAAUCAAAUAAAUCUCGAAUCCAUUCAAUUGAUUGUCGCAAACGGUAUUCCAACAUCGAAUAUUGCUGUUUCAUCCUUGGAUAGUCAAAAUCAACCAGGGUCUUCUACGUCUUUCAAUGCAUCGGUUUUGACUGAAUAUAAUGAACAACUGAAUAUUUAUGCUAAUGUACGAGAUUAUCUGAUAACAUUUACAACAGAUCUUAUUCCGACAAAUGCUGAUAGUAUUGCACUGCAAGCAACAGCAUUAGCACAAUUAACUCAAUCGCCAAAUCAAUUGACACGAACAGCUUCAAUGCUUGGAUCAGCAAAAUGUUAUCAAUUAGCUUCUACUCUAUCGUCAAUAGCAACGAGUGUUCCAUAUGAAGAUGUUCAAACAGCAGCAACACAAAUUGCACAGUGCACCACUAAUGUUCUCACUGCGAUCAAUGGACCAUUACAACAACGAACAAAUGUACUUGAUCUAGAUUUUUCUCGUGCAAACACUUUGCCGAGUGAUUAUGAUACAGAUUUGGAAUUGGAUUGGUCGAAUCCAAAUUUAUUUGCUGAUGGAAAUGAUUUUUCAUGGGAAACGAUUGAAAAGAAUCGAAAUAUUUAUUAUCAAAAACAAGCGGCCAAUGAAAUAUCUACCGAAGUAGAACAAACGAUAUCAUUAAUCAGUUCGGCAUUAAAUAUUCAUUUAAAUCUUGGUCAAAUUUUAACAGUAAAUACAUCAUCAAUAUUUAUGUCAAUGGAAACAAUAUCCGUUGGUUCUCUUUCGAAUAAAUCAAUUGAACAAAUAGGAGACGCUCGCAUUCAAAUGCCAUCAAAUUUACAAUUCAAUUCAACAGAUUCAAGUUCACUUUCAAUUCAAUCAAUCAUGCAACCACUGGCUUCAUAUGGGAAUUCUCAAUCUGAUUUGAAAACCAAUCUCUCGCGAUCAAUGUCACUUUCAAUACUUGAUCAGGAUAAAAAUGAAAUUUCUAUUCAAACAGAUUUUGAUAAUCCCAUCGAAAUAAUUAUUAUCCGUGAUCCAAAUUUUAUUUUACCAUCCAUGACUUUACAAAAUGUAACUUCAUACGAUUCAAAUCCUCAUAAUCAAUUAUUCGAUCUCUAUUUUAUUAAUAUCACAUCAAAUCUCUCGAUAUCAAUUCACUUUGAAAUUCACCCAUUAAAUACUAAUCUUAGUUAUUUAUUUAUCUAUAAAUUUGAUAAUCCACCUUUAUUAAAUAGUUCAAUCGAUCAAAUUGAUGGUUGGAUUGUAUUUUGUCCUUCAAAUUUAACCAACGAAAGUAUUUAUGCAUAUUUUAUUGAUAAUCAAAAGACAAUGAGCCAUAGAUCAUUGAUAUAUGGUUUACGAGAAUUAAACUCAACAGAAUUCACAAGCUUUUGUUUGAAUUCUUUACAAACUAGUCCACCGAUUACUAAUCAACGAUUUAUUUUUACAUCGGAUUAUGAGCAUCGAGUUUAUACAUCAGCUUGUUAUUAUCUUGAUGCGAACAAUAAUUGGCAGUCGGAUGGAUUAUUGGUUGGACCUUCGACUAAUCAUUAUCAAACUCAAUGUUUAUCAACUCAUUUGACGACGUUUGCUAGUGGUUUUAUUGUUUUACCAGCACCUGUCAACUGGAAUUAUGUAUUCGCUAAUGCUGAUUUUGCUCGAAAUAAAACUGUUUAUAUAACUUUAAUUUGUGUAUUGGUCUUAUACAUUUUAUUUAUUAUUUUUGCACGCUAUAAAGAUAAGAAAGAUCUUGAAAGAUUAGGAGUAACACCAUUACCAGAUAAUCAUAACUUCGAUCAAUAUUUUUAUCAAAUUCUUGUUUUUACUGGUCAUCGAAGAAAUGCUGGAACAAAAUCAAGAGUUCAUUUUAUAGUUGCGGGUGACAACGAUGAAACACAAAUUCGAACAUUUGCUGAUCCACAACGAAAAAUAUUACAACGUGGUGGAAUCGACGCAUUUAUUAUGGCAGUUCCAAAAUCAUUGGGUUCUUUGAGUUAUAUUCAUAUUUGGCAUGACAAUACAGGUGAAGGUGAAUCUGCAUCAUGGUUCCUUAAAUAUAUUAUCGUGCGAGAUUUACAAACAACGGAGAAGUUUCAUUUCAUUUGCCAAAAAUGGUUCGCUGUUGAAAAGGGAGAUGGAGCUAUUGACUAUGUUUUACCAGUAGCUGGUGAAUAUCAAAAACAAGAAUUUUCAUAUGUUUUAUCAAAACAAGCCUAUCAUAGUGUAUCCGAUGAUCAUCUGUGGUUUUCCAUCUUUUCUCGACCAUCAUCAAAUAAAUUUACACGCGUUCAAAGAUGCACAUGUUGUUUUGUUUUAUUAUUAACAGCAAUGUUUUUGAAUAUUCUUUAUUAUGACCAAUCGAACGAUGCUGAAACAAAUACGAGUACUCGUAGUCUUUCCUUAGGUCCGCUUUAUAUUAGUCCAGAACAAAUUGGCAUCGGUAUUAUAGUAGAAGUUCUUACGUUUGUUCCAAGCUUAUUACUUGUUCAAUUCUUUCGACGAAUACAAUCUCGGCGUGCUCAUCAAAUAUCUCCAUUACGUGCAGCAAUGUAUAAAAUAAAACAGGAACCAAUACCAUCUGAAACGACUGUGAAAUCUUCUGAUGAAAAGAAAUCAUUUCGACUGUUGUUUCCUUGGUGGUGUUUGUUCAUCGCUUAUGGUUUAUCAUUCAUUGUUGCUGCGAUUUCAAUAUUCUUCAUUAUUGUUCGUGGCAUUGAAUUUGGUGAUUUAAAAACUCAAAAAUGGUUGGCAUCACUUUUGAGUGGAUUUUUUUCAUCCAUAUUUCUCAUUCAACCAAUCAAGAUUAUCUUUUUAACAUUAUUGUUUGCUGUUUUUAUGCGAAAUACAAAUGAAGAUGAACAAGCUGCUGAAUUUAUUGAUGACGAUAAUAUUGAAUUAAAUGAUGACGAAGAAUAUCUUCAUUCAAUAAAAGCUGAAUCUUCAUUUAUUUAUCGAUCUCAAACUGUUGCAAAUCGUUUAGAUAAAGUAGAUAUAGCUCGAGCUCGUGAUCGACGUUUAAAAGAAAUUCAAAUGUGGUCAAUUAUUCGCGAAGUUUUUACUUUCUUCGUUUUUCUUUCACUUCUCUAUACAAUCACUUAUACGAAUGUCAACAAUAACGCGUUUUAUCAAGUUGAUCAUUUACAGAAAUUCUUUCUAAACACAAGACAAAUUGACAAUGAUUAUACAAAGAUUUCUACAAUCAGUGACUAUUGGAAUUGGUUAGAAAAUAGUUUUGUUGAAAAUAUUCGUGCACAAGAAUGGUAUAAUGGCCAACCACCAAGUAAUUUAAGUGGCUAUAUUAAUGAUAAAUCAAAUCGACUGAUUGGUUGGGCAACAAUGAGGCAAUUACGCAUUAAACCUGAUUCAUGUAAAAUAGCAAAAGCUGUUCAAAAUCUGUUUGCGCAUUGUUAUGACGAUUAUAGUUUCUUUAAUGAAGAAAAACAAUCAUUUCAACCUGGAUGGACAAACAAUCAAACAUCAUCAUCGUUUAAUUCAGCGAUUAACCAAGCUUUUACUUAUCAAACAGGUGAUGAAUUAAAUUCGAGUAUUUAUGUUGGAAAACAUCAAACAUAUAAUAGUGGUGGAUAUGCAUAUGAAUUUCGUGGUCGACUCAGUGAUCUUCAAAGUAAUCUAUCGGAACUUUAUCAAUUACAAUGGAUUGAUAGGCAAACAAGAGCUGUGCUUAUUCAACUUAGUUUAUAUAAUCCAAAUUCACAAUUCUUUAUUUCAUGUAAUUUACUUGUAGAAUUUUUAUCAUCAGGAUGGAUUGAACCACAAUCACGUUUUGAUCCAAUUUCAUUUCAAAGUAAUAUUUUAUUUCAUUCAAAUUUUUAA